UCCAUUUCUCCAUCCAUAGAAGACCAAAAAGGCAAAGUGGUCUCUAUGCUACUCCUCCACAUGGGUCCUUCAGCUUAGAGAGAGUGGGAGUGAGAAAAAGAGAGAGAGAAAGAAAGAGAAUGGCGCUAGAAGCUGUGGUUUUUCCACAAGACCCAUUUGUUUACAGCGGCAAAGAUCUCUACAACUUGUUAGGAGGAAAUUGGAGCUAUGACUACGGGCUUGGAAAAGAAGAUGAUCAACAACAAGCCGGCUCUUUUGAUUUUCUCGAGAACCAAACAGAAAACUACCUCUAUGGAGACUACAGUUCCUCACCUCACUCAAUGGUACCACAUCUGAAUCAACUCCACCUCUCCAAUGCAUCCUUGCAAACUGCUAAUGAAUCCCAACAAGUUGAUUCCUCAGCAACAACAACAACUCGCCCCAAGAGACGCCGGGCAAAGAGUAGAAAGAACAAAGAAGAAAUUGAGAACCAAAGAAUGACUCACAUUGCAGUCGAGCGAAAUCGAAGAAAGCAGAUGAAUGAAUAUCUCUCUGUGCUUCGUUCUCUAAUGCCGGACUCCUAUGUUCAAAGGGGUGAUCAAGCAUCUAUUAUAGGGGGUGCGAUUAAUUUUGUGAAGGAGCUAGAGCAACGCCUACAAUUCCUUGGUGUUCAUAAGGAAAUGGAGACAACAUCGGAUGGCGGUGGGGUAUCUUUGCCCUUCUCUGAGUUCUUCACCUUUCCACAGUACUCAACAAGUUCGAGUACUCACUGUGAAAAUAAUAAUUCUCAUGCGGCCAUGGCCAUGGCUGAGCAAGUGGCGGGUGAUCAUCAGACUCAAUUGGCUGUUGCUGACAUAGAAGUGACGAUGGUGGAGAGCCACGCAAGCCUCAAAAUAAGGUCGAAAAGGCGGCCAAAGCAGCUCCUUAAGGUUGUCUCUGGGUUGCAUACGAUGCGCCUCACUCUUCUUCACCUCAAUGUCACAACUGUUGAAGAAAUUGUGCUCUAUUCCCUCAGUGUCAAGGUAGAGGAUGAUUGUAAGCUGAGUUCAGUGGAUGAGAUUGCAACAGCUGUGCAUCAGAUGCUUUGUAGGAUUCAAGAAGAGGCAUAUUGUUGAUCUGGAAAAUUAAUCUUGUUUUAAGUUGUCUCUAUUUGACCUCGGUAGACCAAAAUGUGCCCAUUUUCUCUGCUUUUAGGCUGUCUCAAAUUAUUGAAAUUAACGUUUAAUUGUUCGAGGCUAGUUAUUUUGGGUUUCUUUUUUCUUUUU